AUGGAUAAUGCACCUUACCAUUCAGUUCAAAUAGAUAAGGCACCUACUCAAGCAAGCAAAAAGGCACAUUUAGUGGCGUGGUUACAAAGAAAAGGCGUAGAAGCUGACAUGAAUUUAUUGAAAGCUGAACUGCUGGAAUUAGUAAAACAAAAUAAAUUGGCACUUCAACAUGGUCACAAAUUGAUAAGAACACCGCCGUACCAUUGUCAGUACAAUGCUAUUGAAUUAAUCUGGGCUCAGGUCAAAGGAUACGCUGCACGUCAUAAUACAAAGCCACCAUUCUCCACUAAGAAUAUGAUGACAUUGUUAAAAGAAGCUUGUGAUAAAAUAACUAAAGAAGAUUGGGCAAAAGUGGUAGAAAAGACGCGAAAAAUAAUAAAGGAAGAUUAUGAUAGAGACGUUAAUAUUGAUAAUAUUAUAGAAAAUGAAAUAAUUAUAUAUACAGGCGAUGAUAGCUCAUCUGGCUCGUCAUCAGAAGAAAAUGAUUGA